UUUCACAAAGCGACUGCAACAGUGGAUUUAAAAUUUUUGGAUUACAGAUACUGUUUCAUUAUGAAGGCAUACCUCUUUCUCCUUAGUUUCAUAGGUGUUGUUCCAAUCCCAUCUCUUCUGCAAUCUGUUGGUCACAAUUAUUCUCUUAUCAUGACAAAGGUGACAUGGCCAGUUGCUCAGAGUUACUGCAGGGAAACUUAUGAAGACUUGGCUACAGUGGAAAGUGACCGUGACUGGUUAAUAAUAAAUGCAAAAGUGUCACGUGAAAGUCUGACAGAUGUUGCUUGGGUUGGCUUGUACUAUAUCUACAGUAAUCCUACCAGUCUCAGUGGUUUUCACUGGGCUUAUGAGAAUAUCUCUGUGGAAAAUAGUUAUCAACGCUGGUCUACUGCAGGACAGCCUAAUUUUGGUAAUGGCUUGAACUCAUGUGGUUAUACAGGCCCUAUGGGAUACUGGUGGCUUACAACCUGCACAAGCCUUUUCCCCUUUAUAUGCUUCAAUGCUGGUAACGAUUAUGCUGACAAAUAUGUUGGUGUCACUACUAAAAAGACCUGGAAGAAAGCUUUGUCUUACUGCCGAAAGUUUCAUACUGAUUUGGCUUUCAUGGGUAAUUUAACAGAUAACGACGCAAUGCAGAAAAUAGCAUAUGUUCAGGGUAGUUCUUGGAUUGGAAUGUACAGAAACACAUGGAACUGGUCAGAUAAGACACAAACAUCAGACCUCCUAUGGCUUCCUGGACAGCCUACAAAUGCUUAUCCGACUGACUACUGUGCUGUGCUUGAUAAUAGAAUGUUCAGUGAAACAAAAUGUGAUGAGCUCCACUAUUUCUUCUGUCAAUCCACUUUUCCAGUGCAGACAUUGCAAAUACUAAAACUGCAAGUAAUGUCUGACAUGAGGAUUUUUGAUUCCAAUGUGCAGUCGGCUAUUUUAGAGCUGGUCAAGAAGAAGAUGGAUGAAAGUAGCAUGCUGGGAAACACCACACUAACUUGGAGGGUGCAGUCAGAUGGUCAAAUUUUCAAAAAAGGAAAAAAUAAUUUUUAAUGUUUAAGUUUGGAUAAUUUAUAUAAAUAAUUGAGUGUAAUUGCAACUGAGUGUUGCAAUGGGAAAGGAAAAAGCACUUUGUUAUUACAAAAACAUCUGGGUAAGAAUGUGGAUUACAGUUUAUCGCCUCUUCAAUGUGUCUAUCAUGAGUAUAAAAAAAAUAUUUGCUACAAUUGUUUGCUUUGCAUGCAGUAGUGCAGACAGUUAAUACUUUCCUAUAGGACAGCACCAUGUUAUUCUCUUAAUGACAGUGAUCCCAAAAUAAUAUAUUAAUGUAAAACCUUGUCUUUUUAACAAAAGAAGUGCACUGCAGUGGCUUGGCAGUUG